AAAAAGUCAAUGAUGUGGUAUUACUUGGAAAUGGAACUGCUCGUGUUGAAGUUGCUGAUGAUAAUGAAAGUAUUAAAGAGUUUCUGAAAGAUAAGCACAAAAUUAAGAAGCAACAGAUUGAAAUCAAACUUACAGAUCCACCUGAUCCAGCCAGUGUUUCUACCAGCACCGUCGCUGCAGCUGCUGAUGCUCCCUUGGCAUUAGAUUAUUAUCCUGAUUUGAUUGAAGUCACUUUUGAUGAUGACAUUGAUACUGAUGCUAUUCAGAUGUACUUUGAAAGCAAACGCUCAGGAGGGAAGAAGGAAAAAGUAGUUGAAUCUAUGAAGACAUUUGAAGAGGGUGUUAUUCAUGUUAAGUUUGAAUCACCAGAUGAUGCACUAGCUGUUAUUGCACAUGGGGAACAUUCAAUCAAAGUUAAAAAGAUGCCUUGUAAACUUGAAGUUCGCUACGUUCCUCUUCCACCAGUAAAGGAAUAUGAUAAGAACAAGUUAAUAAUCAAAGAUAUACCAGAAGGAGUGGAAGAAGUGGUUUUAUCGAUGUUCAUUGAGAAGCACUUGGGAAUAGAUGAAGAAGAUUUCACAAUUGAUUUAAGAUCUGGUGUUGCCAUACUGCUUCUAGAAUCUUCUUACACUGAUGAAG